GACAUCAGUGGUUACAAAUUAGAAUUGACUGAGGAAUUGCAGAAGUGCCACAUAUAUCCGCAAUUUCACAUAUCAAAACUCCAUGCUUAUGUAUCAAAUGACGACACCAAGUUCCCAGGCCGGGAACCUGCCGCCUUCUAUGACUUCAGGCAACCGGUUUCGACACCGGAUGACUUUAAAUACGAGGCCGAAGAAAUUGUUGCUCACGAGUGGCAGAGACAAAGUACCCUAUUUCUUGUUCGAUGGACUUUUGGAGAUAGCUCA